CAUCAUCAUCCAUAUUUGCAUCAGUUGCGUUUUCGCUUGAAUCUGCGAGCCGCAGGCCGCGGUCUCUUCACACGCUGAAAUUCAGUGUCUGCAUGUGCAUGUCCCAUCUCAUUUUAAGGUGCAACCCAGUAGGGGCUACAAAGUUUAAUAAAAAUGCCUUUAAAGUGCUGCAACAGUCGAUACGCUUGAAACAAGUUGUGUCCGAUCCUGAGAAUCGGGGUGAUCGUCAACAACACGUAAAUUUUGACACCUUGGGUACUUGGGAUAACAGGAUAGACUUGCCCCUGCUCCUGCAACAGAGCAUCAAAGCUGGAAAGCCGAUACCACGAAUCUCUGGAGAACAUGCCGGCUGUGCAACACUUUUGGGACGAAGGACUUAUAACGAAGACAGAUAUAGGGUCAAGGAGCUUCUGCCAGACCUGCUGUACUUUGCCGUCUUCGAUGGCCACGGAGGAUCAGCGUGUGCAGACUAUUGUGCGCAACACAUGGAGGAACAUAUCUUAUAUUGGCUGAAAAGAAGAGAGAGUGACCUAGAAACAGUGCUUCAGUCGGCGUUCUUGGACAUAAACAACGCGUUUGCAAGAUAUGUUGCGUUUAAUUGGCCAGAUGGUGAUGAAUCCUCGUCUGGAACUACAGCGACUGUCUGCCUUCUAAGAAACAGCACAGAGAUGGCGGUUGCACAUGUAGGGGAUAGCAGAGCCAUACUCUGCCGAAGUGGAGAGGUUCGCAGGCUGACAACAGAUCAUCAGGCUGGACAGAAAUUAGAAGGAGAAAGAAUCAAGAUGUCAGGCGGGAGGGUAAUCACGGACAGUCUUGGGCGUACACUUGUCAAUGGCCGCUUGGCUAUGACGCGAAGCCUUGGAGACUUGGACUUGAAGCCAUUUGGAGUUAUUCCCCUUCCAGAUACUAGAUCGCUAGAGGUGAAACAUGGAAAAGACGCCUUCGUGAUUCUAACCACAGACGGUGUCAACUGCGUCAUGUCUGACCAGGAGAUCGUAGACGCAGUGAACAGCUGCAGCACGCCCCGGGAGGCCGCAGGAUUCGUUGCUGACCAGGCCAUGCAUUUUGCCUCCCAGGAUAACGCCACCGCUAUAGUGAUGCCUUUCGGGACUUGGGGGAAGUACCGUAAUAGCGGGGGCUGCAUGAGUAGCCUGGGACGCAAUUUACAAUUCAGCAGGAGGUUCUAGAAACAUUGGGGAAAGAAUUAAUGGAAAUGAAGGGAAGGUCUUCUUAACAGCAUAGAUAACCCCUUAUUUAAGAUAAGACGCAUGUUGAGUUGUUAACUAACUAAAUUAUAUUUUUAAAACUGGAUUGAAAGAAAAUAAAAAUUAAAAAACAUUAUUUAUGGAACAGUGAGUGUACUGUCUGCAUUUCAAGGUUGUGGAGAUGGUAUCCAGAAUCACAUUUCUUUAGAAACAAAUACUGAAAAUGCCAGUGUGUGGCUGUCGACAAAAUACAGAAAUGUCUUUUUUUUUUUUUUUUACUUUCAAUAAAUGGUGAUAUGUAUUCUA